AUGGAUGUAACCAAGAAAAACAAGCGCGAUGGCACCGAAGUCACUGAAAGAAUUAUUACGGAAACAGUAACUACAAGACUUACAUCCUUACCACCAAAAGGGGGAACCAGCAACGGCUAUGCUAAAACAGGCUCUCUUAGUGGAGGGAGCCGUCUGGAGAAACACAGCCUGACACAUGGCAGCAGUGGCUACAUAAACUCAAGUGGAAGCACACGGGGCAAUGCCUCCACCUCCAGUUACAGGAGGGCUCACUCCCCCGCCUCCACUCUGCCCAACUCACCAGGCUCCACGUUUGAGAGGAAGACUCACAUCACCCGCCACGGAACAUACGAAGGGAGCUCCAGCGGCAACUCUUCUCCGGAGUACCCUCGGAAGGAAUUUGCAUCUUCUUCAACCAGAGGAAGGAGCCAAACACGAGAGAGCGAAAUCCGAGUUCGACUACAGAGUGCAUCCCCAUCUACCCGAUGGACAGAAUUGGAUGAUGUUAAGCGUUUGCUCAAGGGGAGUCGAUCUGCAAGCGUGAGCCCCACCCGAAAUUGCUCCAAUACACUCCCCAUCCCCAAGAAAGGCACGGUGGAGACCAAAAUGGUGACAGCAAGCUCCCAGUCAGUGUCCGGCACCUAUGAUACAACCAUCUUGGACGCCAACCUUCCCUCCCAUAUGUGGUCUUCCACCUUGCCGGCGGGGUCCUCCAUGGGGACCUAUCACAACAAUGUGACCACCCAGAGCUCAUCCCUCCUCAACACCAAUGCCUAUUCUGCAGGAUCGGUCUUUGGAGUCCCAAACAACAUGGCAUCCUGCUCUCCCACACUGCACCCCGGGGUCAGCACCUGCUCCUCAGUGUUUGGCAUGCAGAACAACCUGGCCCCCAGCUCGUCCACCCUGUCCCAUGGCGCGGCCACCACCUCCACAGCAUAUGGUGUGAAGAAAAACCUGCCCCAGGGCCCUGCCGCUGUGAGCGCAGGCAUGUCCACCUCUGCAGCCUCCACCACAAACGUCCAGAAUGAUGAACUCUUGCACAAGGACUGUAAAUUCCUGAUCCUGGAGAAAGACAACACACCAGCCAAGAAGGAGAUGGAGCUGCUGAUCAUGACCAAGGACAGUGGGAAGGUUUUUACCGCCUCCCCGGCCACCAUCGCCGCAACUUCUUUUUCAGACGACACCCUGAAAAAAGAAAAGCAAGCUGCCUACACUGCUGACACCUGUCUGAUAUCAGAUGCUAAUGGGGACGUGAAGACUGUGUCCACAAAGGGCAAGGUCACCUCCGCAGAUGUUCACAGCUACAAUCACCGCGGGGGCAGCGGUAGAGGCGGAGGUGGCGGCAAAGGUGGCGGCGGAGGGGGCCCGUGGGGGGCGGCGCCGGCCUGGUGCCCCUGUGGCUCCUGCUGCAGCUGGUGGAAGUGGCUGCUGGGCCUGCUGCUCACCUGGCUGCUGCUCCUGGGGCUGCUGUUCGGCCUCAUUGCUCUGGCGGAGGAGGUGAGGGCACUGAAGGCACGGGUGGCCGAACUGGAGCAGAGCCGGAGCGGGGUGCUGCUCUACGAUGAGAAGGUGGAGCGGAGCAACAAGGACCGGCUGCAGGGCGCCGCGCCCAGCGUCGGGGCCGACCUGGGGAAACUGGGGCUUGACGGCCACGGGCAGGAGGCGCUCUGGCUGUUCGUGAAGGGCAAGCUGAUGGCAGAACAAGAGAGCGGAAAUCUCCGAGGAAGCCCCGGCCCUAAAGGUGACAUGGGAAGUCAAGGACCUAAAGGAGAUCGGGGGCUCCCGGGGACUCCAGGCAUCCCUGGGCUCUUGGGCCACCCAGGUCCAGAAGGACCAAAGGGACAAAAAGGCAGUGUGGGAGAGCCUGGCAUGGAGGGUCCCAUGGGCCAGAGAGGACGAGAAGGCCCCAUGGGACCUCGUGGUGAAGCAGGGCCUCCUGGGUUUGGAGAGAAAGGGGACAGAGGGGCUGCUGGUGAACCCGGUGUUCAGGGCCCACCUGGUGUCCCAGGUUCUGUGGGUCCCAAAGGUUCCAGUGGUUCUCCUGGCCCACGGGGUCCCCCAGGCUCUGUGGGUCCCCAAGGGCUCCGAGGUGAAGUUGGACUCCCUGGUGUCAAAGGUGACAAAGGUCCCAUGGGAUCACCGGGACCCAAAGGUGACCAGGGGGAGAAAGGACCCCGAGGCCUCACAGGCGAGCCCGGCUUGAGAGGUUUGCCUGGCGCCGUGGGUGAGCCUGGAGCUAAAGGGGCAAUGGGACCCGCUGGCCCUGAUGGACACCAAGGCCCAAGAGGUGAACAGGGUCUGACAGGGAUGCCUGGAACCCGUGGCCCACCAGGGCCUUCUGGAGACCCAGGAAAGCCAGGUCUCACAGGACCUCAGGGACCUCAGGGACUUCCUGGAACCCCCGGCCGACCAGGAGCUAAAGGUGAACCUGGAUCUCCAGGCAGAAUUGUGACCUCAGAGGGGUCAUCGACGAUCACUGUCCCAGGGCCCCCGGGCCCUCCUGGAGCCAUGGGACCACCAGGACCUCCGGGUGCCCCAGGUCCCGUGGGCCCAGCUGGUCUCCCUGGACAGCAAGAAGGUCUUGAUUUACGGGGUCCCCCUGGCCCACCUGGCCCACCUGGGCCUCCAGGACCUUCCAUUCCAGGCCCACCAGGACCCCGAGGCCCAGCAGGGGAAGGCCUGCCAGGCCCACCAGGCCCACCAGGAUCUUUCCUGACCAACUCAGAGACCUUCUUCUCUGGCCCCCCGGGCCCCCCUGGGCCCCCGGGCCCCAAGGGAGACCAAGGCCCCCCAGGCCCUCGAGGACACCAAGGCGAGCAAGGCCUCCCAGGGUUCUCAGCCUCAGGCUCCAGCUCUCUUGGACUCAACCUGCAGGGACCGCCUGGCCCUCGGGGACCCAAGGGUGACAAAGGCGAUCCUGGUAUCCCAGGGGCUCCUGGCAUUCCUGGUGGUCUCUCUCAAGGGGGAUCGUCGUCCAGCACCAUGUUCGUGCCGGGUCCGCCAGGCCCGCCGGGCCCGCCGGGGCCUCCAGGCUCUAUCAGCAGCUCGGGCCGGGAGGUCCAGCAGUACAUCGCUGAGUACAUGCAGAGCGACAGCAUUAGGUCUUACCUGUCUGGAGUUCAGGGUCCCCCAGGCCCACCUGGUCCCCCAGGGCCUGUCACCACCAUUGCCGGAGAGACUUUCGACUACUCGGAGCUGGCAAGCCGUGUCGGGAGCUACUUACAGACCUCGGGGGCCGGCAUCAGCUCCUCGGCCUCCAUCUCCUCUGCGGACAUCCUGGCGGCCCUGCAGCGGGAGGACGUGAGACAGUCCCUGCGGCAGUACCUGACGGAUUGGUCCCUGCAGUCUCUGGACUACACCGAACUGAGCACUCGUAUCCUCAGCUACAUGUCCAGCUCUGGAAUCAGCAUUGGGCUUCCUGGCCCCCCGGGGCCUCCCGGCUUGCCAGGAACAUCCUAUGAGGAACUCCUCUCCUUGCUCCAAGGGUCUGAAUACAGAGGCAUCGUUGGGCCCCCAGGUCCCCCUGGGCCCCCAGGGAUCCCAGGCAAUGCGUGGUCCAGCAUCAGCGUGGAGGACCUCUCCUCUUACCUGCACACUGCCGGCCUGUCAUCUAUCCCUGGCCCUCCAGGCCCUCCUGGUCCCCCAGGCCCUCGAGGGCCCCCAGGUGUCUCCGGAGCCCUGGCAACUUAUGCCGCCGAAAACAGCGACAGCUUCCGGAGCGAACUGAUCAGCUACCUCACCAGCCCAGAUGUACGCAGCUUCAUCGUGGGCCCACCAGGCCCUCCAGGGCCACAAGGGCCACCGGGGGACAGCCGCCUGGUGUCCAUGGACGGCUCCUACAGUCGGAGCAGCGGCUCCUCCUCUCACAGCUCGUCAGUCAGUCGGGGCACCUCCUACAGCUCUUCCAUGGGCGUAGGAGGAGCCAGCGGAGGCUCCCUGGGCGAAGGGGGGGCCUUUGGUAUGGACAUGGGCCUGGGCCGAGGCUACGGGGCAGAAGGUGGCACGUAUGGUGGCGAAGGUGGACCAUUCGGGGCUGGCUUUGCCGGAAGCCUGGACUACAACGAGCUGGCUGUUCGGGUGUCUGAGAGCUUGCAGCGUCAGGGUCUGCUGCAGGGGAUGGCCUACACCAUCCAGGGCCCACCAGGCCGGCCAGGGCCGCAGGGUCCCCCCGGCAUCAGCAAGGUCUUCUCUGCCUACAGCAAUGUGACCGAGGACCUCAUGGACUUUUUCCGAACUUAUGGAACCAUUCCAGGUCCCCCAGGGCAGAAAGGAGAGGUGGGCACCCCAGGACCCAAAGGUGAGAGGGGCCCUGCAGGACCACCAGGUCGGCCUGGGCCACCCGGCCCUCAAGGGCACAAGGGAGAGAAAGGAGACACAGGUGACCAAGUCUAUGGCAGGCGGAGAAAGAGAAGCAUCGCCAUCAAGCCGUGA